AGCAGAUGGCGCUGCUCUUCACAGAGUCCACAGUCACCAGCAGAUGGCGCUGCUCUUCAGAGUCCACAGUCACCAGCAGAUGGCGCUGCUCUCCACAGAGUCUGCAGUCACCAGCAGAUGGCGCUGCUCUCCACAGAGUCCGCAGUCACCAGCAGAUGGCGCUGCUCUUCAGAGUCCACAGUCACCAGCAGAUGGUGCUGCUUUUCACAGAGUCCACAGUCACCAGCAGAUGGCGCUGCUCUUCACUGAGUCCGCAGUCACCAGCAGAUGGCGCUGCUCUUCAGAGUCCACAGUCACCAGCAGAUGGCGCUGCUUUUCACAGAGUCCGCAGUCACCAGCAGAUGGCGCUGCUCUUCACAGAGUCCGCAGUCACCAGAAGAUGGCGCUGCUCUUCACAGAGUCCGCAGUCACCAGCAGAUGGCGCUGCUCUUCACAGAGUCCGCAGUCACCAGCAGAUGGCGCUGCUUUUCACAGAGUCCGCAGUCACCAGCAGAUGGCGCUGCUCUUCACAGAGUCCACAGUCACCAGCAGAUGGCGCUGCUCUUCAGAGUCCACAGUCACCAGCAGAUGGCGCUGCUCUUCACAGAGUCCGCAGUCACCAGCAGAUGGCGCUGCUCUCCACAGAGUCCACAGUCACCAGCAGAUGGCGCUGCUCUCCACAGAGUCCACAGUCACCAGCAGAUGGCGCUGCUCUCCACAGAGUCCACAGUCACCAGCAGAUGGCGCUGCUCUCCACAGAGUCCACAGUCACCAGCAGAUGGCGCUGCUCUCCACAGAGUCCGCAGUCACCAGCAGAUGGCGCUGCUCUUCACAGAGUCCACAGUCACCAGCAGAUGGCGCUGCUCUCCAGAGUCCGCAGUCACCAGCAGAUGGCGCUGCUCUCCACAGAGUCUGCAGUCACCAGCAGAUGGCGCUGCUCUUCACAGAGUCCACAGUCACCAGCAGAUGGCGCUGCUCUUCACAGAGUCCGCAGUCACCAGCAGAUGGCGCUGCUCUUCACAGAGUCCGCAGUCACCAGCAGAUGGCGCUGCUCUCCAGAAAGAGCCUGUACUCCCCAGCAGAUGGCGCUGCCCUCCGCACACAGACUGUACUCCCCAGCAGAUGGCGCCACUGUGCACGCACUCCUCCCUCCAUCUUGCAGCUGCUUGUAUUAUACAUGUACAUUAGCUAAUAAAGUGUCUGUACAUUCAGCGUUUGACUGUGUGCGGUUCUGGGUUGUAUCCUGA